CUGGCAUCGCACAGAGGCGGGGCCCGGUCCGCGAUCGGCGCGAUCCCGCAUCCCGUACGCCUUUUUAGACGCACCGGUCGCAGUCGCUGCUCAUCGCUCGUGGAGAAAGUGGUCGAGAGAGCGCUUCGUGUGUAACUGACGCAAAAAUGCGCGGGUAAAAAAAAAACGGGUGGUGUUUUUGCCUGCUACGUACACAGCCGAACGCGACUCUUUUUCUGCCGUCCCGGCUUUUUGCCGAGCACCCAGUUUUUGCGGCAUCCCCGGCUCGUCCCGUCGCCAGAUAUGACUUUUUCCGAGACGUUUUUGCGGGACGCGUAGUCAACGUCACCUGCCGAUUUUUUCUGUGGUGUUUUUCUUCAGCGGUUCGCGAGAGUUACGUACUGUUUUUUAUUUUCGUAUCGGAUUGUUUGUCUGUGUGUUUGGUGGAAGAGUUUUCUUCGACGUUAUUUUUUUUUUGUACUUCGUUGGUUCUUGUGUUUUUUCGUCAACGGUUUUUUUUGCAGAUGUUUUCCGAGAACAGCAGGAUGAAUAUGUACCCUUGGUACCGGGAUUCCGUGGGUGGAAAUCUGGGCCAGCUAUGCGGUCCUAUGGCAACUACCAUCAAAACCGAGAAUGGUUAUAGCGACUGCAUGUUAGCACUGGAUUACGCUACCCAAGGAAAGAAAGCCUUCGGCUGGGAUGGAUCCCAGACUGGAGGAAGCCCUUCCGGGCCCCAAGGGGGAGGCAUGGGAGGCCAGGGGGCGCAGGGAAUCGUCCACUGGAUGAGUGUAAUGGCCGAACAUAUGGAUCCUGCUAUGUCUCAUUACAUGUCCUGGAAUCAAGAGCAAUGCGGUCAACACGUCAAAGACGACUACACCAACUGGACGAGAAACACGAUGGGCAUAAACAAACAAGGAUACGAGGCGAAGAUGAACGAACACAACCAAAUGGGCAAAGGAAUGGAAGACCACCAUAUGGGUGCCGGUGGACUAUUUUCCGGAAAAUCUAGCAGUUCGAGUUCCGGCAUCAGCAGCGCCAGCCCUGCGUUGCUGGUGGUACCUCAGCCCAUCAACGCCAGCAAGAUGGGUGGAAUGCAAAAUGGCGGUCCACAGCCCAGGAAGUAUCAGUGCAAGAUGUGUCCCCAGGUAAGUCUGAAUGUGUUUGGUUCCAAGGCAGAGCUCCAGCUACAUACGCAGGCGCAUAUGCGGGAAGCAAAGCCUUACAAGUGUUCCCAGUGUUGUAAAGCCUUCGCCAAUAGUUCCUACCUGUCCCAACACACCAGGAUUCACCUGGGCAUCAAGCCUUAUAGGUGCGAAAUCUGCCAAAGAAAAUUCACACAACUGAGCCAUCUACAACAGCACAUCAGGACGCACACGGGGGACAAACCUUACAAAUGUCGACAUCCGGGCUGUCAGAAAGCCUUCAGCCAGCUCAGCAACCUUCAGUCACAUUCCAGGUGUCAUCAGACCGACAAACCCUACAAGUGUAACUCAUGCUACAAAUGCUUCAGCGACGAGCCGUCACUGUUGGAACACAUCCCCAAACACAAGGAAAGCAAACACCUCAAGACUCACAUCUGUCAGUAUUGUGGCAAGAGUUACACUCAGGAAACGUAUCUUAGCAAGCACAUGCAGAAACACGCGGAAAGGACUGACAAGAGGCCACCUAUUGGUCCUAGUUUUGGUCUCAACAGAGGUUUGGAUCAUCCCUACUGGCCGAAGGUCAGUCCGGACAGCGCGGAGAACAUGCACGACUACCCCAACGACAUACCGCGUCAAAUCCUGGAACAGAAUGAAGAUCUGGUGAUCAUAAGACAGCAACUGAGCCAGAACCAUCCGCCGCCCACGGGCACGCCCAACAACCUGAACCCCUACGACACGUCAAUCUCCAAAUCCAACGCCAACUCUGCCUUCACCCCAAUCAAUUCCAUGUCGGGCCAUCUGAACCUGAACCACCACCAGUUAGCGCCCAACAGGCCCUACAUAUAUGACGCCCUCAGUUUUCAGAAGCAGAACGGUCUAGACCUGCCCAAGAGUCAACCGUCGAAUGGUUUCCCGAACCAGCUCAUAUCGUUGCAUCAAAUCAGGAACUACGCCCACCAACCUAACCCUAGUCUCAUGGAACAUUCUAUACUGGGAGGACUCAAAGAUAAGUAGGCCUAGGGGGUCGAUACGCCUGGAAUUGUUCAGUUUUUUCGACCUGGUUCCACUCCCGACUCUGAUCUCUUAGAUUUAAACGGUGGAGGUUACUUCUGAUAACUUAACCUCAACUGUCAUUGUUUUAUUUUGACUGAUGUGUCAUUGAAUGUCAUCGAAUGGAUCCGAUAUAUUUCAUUCAAAAUAUUGAUUUUAUAUCGUUGGAUUCUUGAAAUCCCUUUUAUACAUCACAAAUUCAACAUAAGCAAUGCUUUUUUCGCAUUGAUUUUGAGUGGAAGUCGAAAGGAUACAGCUACUACAAGGUUCUAUUUAAAUUUACACGAAGAAACUGUGAAUAUAUUUGUAGAAAGAAUUAUUAUAAAGACAUUGUGUAUAUUUGAAUUUAAAAUUGUACAGAAUUAAGUUUAAUUUUUGAAAAUUUUGGGAACAAGAAUUUUCAAUAUGGUAUUAUAAAAAUGGAAUUUAUAGUUUUUGUGAAUAUAGUAGGUAUAUUAUUAAUUUAUUUUCGCGGAAUUUUUGUUCCCGAAAGGGUUUAUUGAGCUCAAUUUAAUUUAUAUCGAUUUUUUUCUUUUACUUGGUGAAAAUAUCGAAUCAUGCUCAGUUAUAGUUUAAGUAAAAAGUGCAAAUAGUUAUAUUAGGUUUCGAGAGUACUAUUCCCAGUUGUUACUUUACUGGACACCUUUAAAAUACUGAUUUCAUUGUCGAACAUUCAUUUAAACAUCUAAUUAUAAAUGGUACAAGUGUUCACCUUCAAAUAUAUUAUCAUUGAAGAGGUUGAUAAUAAAAAAAAUAUUGACGUCCUUAUUGAAUAUGUUCACAUUUGAUGUUUUUCAUAUUGAAAAGUGGAUAAUGUCUCUACUAAGCUUAAUGUCUUAUCAGUAGUUUUUUUCUCUCUUGGCUAUAAUCCGAAAAUUUGGAAAAGAAUGGAAUACUGUAUUCUAUAGAACUUGUCGGCAAAUUCGAAAUGAAAAUAAACCGCCCCUUUGUUUGGGAUUUGCCGAUUUUUGACAAGCUUUAACUUGUUAUAGGGUCAUGUUAAGUUUCAAUGUAGGUAUCUGUUUUUUUUUUUGUAAAAUGGCUUUGUGAUCUGAGUUAUACAGAAAAUGUUGUAUUUAUAGAAGAAAUAUUUGGUUUUUGUUACAUACUUUAUGAAAUUAAAAGUAUCUCACUUUA